GCCUGUGGCCGGGCUGGUCAAGUUGCCGUGGCGCGGAGAACUCUGCAAAACAAGAGGCUGAGGAUUGCGUUAGCGAUAAACCAGUUCACGCCGGAGCCCUGGGGAGGAAGCUUCUCUGUCAGAUCCGGCCGCGCUGCGGGACUCUGAGGAGAGCUCACACCAGGUAGACGCCGUCUGUCACCAUGGGCAAAGGAGACCCCAACAAGCCGAGGGGCAAAAUGUCCUCGUAUGCCUUCUUCGUGCAGACCUGUCGGGAAGAGCACAAGAAGAAACACCCAGACUCUUCCGUCAAUUUCGCCGAAUUCUCCAAGAAAUGUUCGGAGAGAUGGAAGACCAUGUCUGCAAAGGAAAAGUCUAAGUUUGAAGAUAUGGCAAAAAGUGACAAAGCUCGUUAUGACAGGGAGAUGAAGAAUUACGUCCCUCCCAAAGGUGAUAAGAAGGGAAAGAAAAAGGAUCCCAAUGCUCCAAAAAGGCCUCCAUCUGCCUUCUUCCUGUUUUGCUCUGAACAUCGCCCAAAGAUCAAAAGUGAACACCCAGGCCUGUCCAUUGGGGAUACUGCAAAAAAAUUGGGUGAAAUGUGGUCUGAACAGUCAGCCAAAGAUAAACAGCCAUAUGAACAGAAAGCGGCUAAACUAAAGGAGAAAUAUGAGAAGGAUAUUGCUGCAUACCGUGCCAAGGGCAAAAGUGAAGCAGGAAAGAAGGGCCCUGGCAGGCCAACAGGCUCAAAGAAGAAGAACGAACCAGAAGAUGAGGAAGAGGAGGAGGAGGAAGAGGAAGAAGAAGAUGAUGAGGAAGAAGACGAAGAUGAAGAAUAAAUGGCUAUCCUGUAAUGAUGUGUGUGGAAUGUGUGUGUAUGCUCAGGCAAUUGUUUUGCUAAGAAUGUGAAUUCAAGUGCAGCUCAAUAUUAGCUUCAGUAUAAAAACUGUACAGAUUUUUGUAUAGCUGAUAAGAUUCUUUGUAGAGAAAAUACUUUUUUAAGAAUGCAAGUUGUAGCUUUUUGAGGGGCUACUACAUACAGUUAGAUUUUAUAGCUUCUGAUGUUGAAUGUUCCUUCAUAUUUAAUGGUUUAAUUUCUUGACUUGUGUAUGGUAGUACAACACACUCAUAGGAAUUGGUAUCAAUAGUAAAUUUUGGGUUUUUUAGGAUGUUGAAUUUUGUGUUUUUUUUUUUUUCAAUUUUGUAAUAAAAUUAUGUAUAUUAUUUCUAUUGCCUUUGUCUUACUAUGUUAAAUUAACUUUCACUUAAAAAAAUAGUGAUAGACUGGAGCAAUGUCAGUUUUAAAAAUUUCUGCCUAGAAGUUCUUAGGCAUGGUUUAUUUAGUAAAAUGUUUAGAGGGUUAGAAAAACCAAACAUGCCCGUAUUCACAUUACAUGUUCUUUAAAAAUCAGAUCUGAAAUUUAAUGGACUCUUAAGAGUUAUGCAGUUUUUAUGGAAUGAUAUUAUUCUUGACAUUUUUGUUAAUUUAUUAGCUAAUUUGUCUUACAGGUUUUUUUUUUUCCUUAACUGUUUCUUGGGGAAAGUUUCUCUUGAUAUGAGAAAUCAUUAGUAACAAGAUUCAACUCUUAGUUGACAGCUUGUACCUAGUUUAAGGUAGGAUACCAGAGUAAAUUUUGAGUUAUGUCUGUUUAAAAUUAGUUUGGUCUUAAAACUUUAGAAUUCUGGUAACUAGCCUAAGAAGGUAUUUGAGGUGGUUAUCAUCAUACAUACGAUGAUCAUUUAAUUAAAUUGACCUAGGAUUUAUAUUUAUAGAGGUAGGCAGUUAUUUUAUGAAAAGCUUACUUGAGGAAUCAGUUGCUUGUAUUUGAAUAAAGAUGAUUAUUUUGGAUAGUUAGAAGUCGAUCAUGAAAGUUGACUACCUUUGGGUUAUAAACACUUUCAGAAAAAAAAAAUGGGACAAUUUUAUAGUUAAAUUUGAAAGUGUUGGUUACCUACAAAAUUUUAAAAUAGAAGUCAAGAUUCUUAUUACCCAACCAUGGAAGCAUUGGUUGUUUCUCUCAUGCCAUAUUUGGAAUAAAUAUUGGGUAAGGAUUAUUUCUUAAAUAGGAAAUAUUAACCAUCCUUUUUUUUAAAACAGAAGUAUGGUAUCAACAUAAUUACCAGAAGAAAUGGAUUCAAACUAUGUUCAAGCAUCUUUAUGAUUGCCCUCUGUCACAUCCUAAUGACUACAUGCUCAAAUUUGGGUUUUCUCAAAAAAUGAAAACUAGUUUUCAGAUGUUAGGAAACUUAGUAUGUGGAAACAUUUGUGGUAAUAUAUAUUAGACACAUAAAUAGAUCUGGAAGCCAGUUUAUA